GCCGCCCUCCUCUUCUCCCUCGGCCCCGCCAACGUGUUCCUGGCGGCGGCGUACUCGGAGAGCCUGUUCGCCCUCCUGGCCUUCGGCGCCAUGUGGCGCCUGGAGAGGGGGCAGAGCUGCCUGGCCGGGCUGCUCUUCGCCCUGGCCGCCGGGGCGCGCGCCAACGGGCUCGUUAACGCCGGCUUCCUCCUCUACUCCCGGGGGCGAGGCUUUGCCCUCCGGCUCCAGGGGGGUUCAGGAUCGACGGGGAAGCUCCGGCCCUUGUGGAAGGAGCUCCUUAGCACGGGGUCUUCGGCGGUUCUGCUGUGCGCCGGGGUUUUCCUGCCUUUUGCUGUGUUUCAGUAUUAUGCCUACGUGAGGUUCUGCGGUCCUGGCCCGGAGCAGACUGUCCCCAAGGCACUGCUGCAGCUGGCUCUGGACAAGGGCUAUCGUCUGGUGGGCAUGAAUGGGGCUAAACCCCCCUGGUGCUCCCAGCGCUUCCCAGUGGUCUAUUCCUAUAUUCAAGACACUUACUGGAAUGUGGGCUUUCUAAGGUACUUCGAGCUCAAGCAGAUACCAAAUUUCUUGCUUGCUUUGCCCGUCACACUUCUGAGCUCAUGGGCUGCCUGGACUUACCUCACUGCAAACCCCCGGCACUGCCUGACCCUUGGUCUAGAGAGAAGAAAGAGUGAAGAGGAGGGUAAACCCAGAGCUGGAUUUUGCUGCCCUGCUGUCUUCGUGUACGUGGUCCACGCCACGGUCCUGCUGGUGUUUGGGUUCUUCUGCAUGCACGUGCAGGUGCUGACCCGGUUCCUCGGCUGCUCCUCUCCCAUCCUGUACUGGUUCUGUGCUCACCUGCUGCAGGAACAGGAACCUUUGCUCUGGGGUGAAGGGGCUGGUGGUCAAACCACAGCACCUCCCUCUGAGAGCUCCCUGCUGGGUGAAUCUGGCCCCCGUUGGAAAGGGGCACCCAAAAACCCCCUUGUGAUGCUGCUGCUGAACUACAGGCUCAUCACCCCCCUCAGCAAGUGCAUCCUCGGGUUCUUCGUGUCCUACUGGCUGCUGGGACUGGUUCUGCACUGCAACUUCUUGCCGUGGACGUAG